UAUAUACUACAUAUAAACGCCAUGCAUCACAUGUAGGUCUAAGGCGAACUCUUUGAUCUGUAUAUUAAUUCCAUAAUACUAUACGGCUAAAUAUUGUUACUAUAUAAACAUGUUCACCCGGUUGUGCAUACGUGUUAGUCGAGAGUUAUUAAACACUACAGGAUAUCGUAAAACGAUAAAAUGUCAAUUUAGCGGUCUCAUACAUAAUUCAAUAAAUAAUGCUUUGAAAAAGGAUUGUAUAUUCGACGUUCAUAGACUUUCAAAAAGUAAUAGAAUUUAUGUUAUUCGGUAUGAAAGCACAGUAAAUACUACAGUAAAGGACACCAUAUCAAAUACAGAUUUAUCUAUACCGCAAACACAAGAAAUAGCAAAAGCAAACAGCAUAGUACCAGAGAAUAAUCUUAUAAGUGAAAUACCCGAUUUACCUGUAUCAAUAAGCGAAGGAAUAAAAGAAAUAACACAAGUUAUUAAAUACCAUGCAAAUGGUGAACCUACCUUUGAAAGCUUGGGAUUAGGUGGAUAUGGUCCUAUUGGAUUAAUUCAAUCAUUCUAUGAGUUUGUUCAUAUUAAUUGUAGCUUACCAUGGUGGUUAACAAUUAUGUUAAUUUCUAUACUUUUAAAACUUGCAAUGUUUCCUACUUCUGUAUCUACGCAAAGAAAUAAUGCUAAGAUGCAGCUUAUUAUACCACAGAUAGUACAAAUACAAGAGAAAAUGACCGAUGCAAGAAAGUGUGGAAAUAUGGAAGAAGCUGCUAUAUCUGCGUCUCAGCUACAACAACUGUUGAAGGGAAAUAAUGUCAAAUUGUUUCCACUUGCUAAUUUUGCAAAGGUUGGUGUACAUCUACCAAUAUUUAUAGCUUUAAGGGGCAUGUCAAAUCAGCAUAUAGAAAGUCUACAACAUGGUGGAUUCUUGUGGCUUCCAGAUUUAACUGGACCUGAUCCAUAUUAUAUAUUGCCAUUGUGUACUAGUGUAACAAUGUAUUGUGUUACUGCACUUAUAAUGCAGCAAUCAACUGCACAAAAUAUACCACCACUGAUGUUGAAGUUAUGCAAGGGAAUACCAGUUAUUUCAUUCUUAUUUUCAAUGAACUUUCCAGGGACUGUUCUGUGCCAUUGGGUUGUUUGUAAUAUUUUGACUUUGGCAGAAAAUGAAAUUCUAAAAUUAAAAGCAGUCAAAAGGUAUUUUAAUAUUCCAAAUAAGCCACCCAUCAAUCUAAGCACCUCAAAGGAGAUGAAAAAACCAGAAAGAGGGUUCCGCCAAUCUUUUCAUGAAGCAUGGGAUAAUAUGAGAAUAUCCCAUAAAUUAUCAAAUUAUGAAAAAGCAGAUACAAUGCAAUUUAACGAAGCAGCUAAAGGUCCAUUGAAGAAAACAUUUAAUUACAAUCCAUUGAACGACUUAUCAAGAAGAGAAACAACAACGUCAAUGAAAGCAAUGAAAAAAUAAGAUUUUAUGUAUAAUGAAUUUUAUACGUAGAAGUUUUUCAUUUUAUUGGUUAUACAAAAUUUAGUUUAAUAAACAAAAAAAUAAUAAAUCAAUAUUUAUUUAACAAAACCACUCAAUUAUUAACAUUA